AUGGAACAAUUUAUUAGGAAAUAUAAAGAUCUAAAAGCAUUCCUGAAGGCAGUCAGAGAGGGCAGCCUGGAAGAAAUUGGUCAGAUUCUUGACUCAGCAGCUGACUCCAGUCGUUUGGUCAAUUUCAUCAGGUGUCCUUUAGCUUAUUCUGCAAAUGGUGAAGUGGCCAGGUUUCUAAUUGCCAGGGGUGCAAAUGUGAAACAUGUCAAAUGCGUAAGCCAAAAAACAUGCCGGUCACCUCUGAUGGAGAUUUUAAAUAAGAGGAGGGACUAUAAAGCUAAUUCUGUGGUAGAGGUUAUUCAAGUGCUGCUGGAAAAUGGUGCUUCUGUAAAUGAUGAAUGUGGGGAUGGGAAAACUCCACUUAUGUUAGCAGCUGUGAGAGAUGGCAAUGUGGGUGUGCUGCAGCUUCUCUUGGAUCAUGGAGCUGAACUUGGUGAGGUGGAUGAGGAAGGUAACACAGCUCUUAUACAUGCGGCUUGUGAAGGGUGUUUCCAAAAUGUAUCAUUUCUACUUCAGUUCAUAAAAAAUAGACCAGAUAUAAUAAAUCUACAAAAUGUGGCUGGUUUAACAGCUCUCAUGUAUGCAGUGAGAUUCAGGCGUAGGAAUCUAGCUGGAAUAAAAGAAUUGAUAGACAAAGGUGCAGAUGUUAAUAUUAAAGAUAAAAAUGGAAACACAGUUUUAUUACACUUACUUUUUUUAUCAGAUCAAGAUGAAGACAAAAUUAUUGAAUCUCUUAUCCGAGCAAGAGUUGAUAUUAACUGGCAGAACAAUUAUGGCCUCUCUCCGCUGAUGGUAGCUGCUCAAAAAUACCUAAUAGAUACAAUGUUGCAGCUGGUUGAUUCAGGAGCAGAAAUUAAUGCUGUUAGCAAAAGAGAUGCUACAAAAACAGCAUUAUCACAUUUUCUGUACAGAGUAAAUCCCGUGGGUGAUUAUUUAGUGCACUUGUCAUUUUUCAUUGAUAGAGGAGCUAAUACAUCAUAUAUGGAAGCUACUGCAUUACACAGAAUGAUUCUCCUUGAACAUUUGCAUAGUCUUACAAUGCUGAUCCGGCAUGGAUUGGGGCCUGCCAGUGUUUUUGUAACUUGCAAGCCUUCUGCUUCUUGCCCCUUGUAUAAAGUAAUGAGAGAAUAUAGAAUGCUACCAUCAACUUGUGAAACAGAAAUAACUGAAUAUUUCUCACCAUUCAGUGCAGCAUUGUGUGUAGGGUAUGAUAAUUUAGCUCGUUGGUUUGUUCAGCAUCUGUUUCUCACUCAUUAUGACAUCACUUCACUGACUCAUAACAAGUUGUUGAGACAGCAUCUUGAAAGACUGAAUGACUUAGAAUGCCUCAAAAUCAUGAAUGAGAUAGCAACAAAGCCAAUGAGUUUAUUUAAUCUGUCUUUUGUGGCAGUGUCAGCAGCUGUAGGAGCAGGCCCUGGCCGUGACAUCAGAGUCAAUGAAUUACCGUUACCUGAAUGUAUCAAAGACAGACUGUUAUUUAAGUCUUUCUGUAUGCCAGGGCAACGCUAA